AUGGAGAUCUCCCCCCGCUGCACAUCGUGCAGAAAGGCCAAUGUAGCCUGUGUAAACGAUGGCAAACAAGAGGUUAAUCGAACGUACAUUGCAAAUCUACAAAAGCGAGUGCAGUGGUUAGAGUCCUUAGUAAAGGAUCGAGAUCCAACGGUCCGACUAGAGGAUGGCCCGCAAGUACAUCUAUCGGAUAGCUCACAACUCGAAGCUACGGGGGAAAGCACUCAAAUCGAGUCUACUAUCCCACAGGGCGACCCAAUCUACCGGUCAAUAACACCUCACCAUGAGCAUUCUGGGCCGGUGAACGCGCAAGCGUCUCGAGCACCUCCAAGACCGGCCCAUGAAAUUGGCCUCGUCUCUCUUUCUUCGGGAGAGCCGAGAUACAUUGGUCCUUCAAGCGGAUAUUUCCUAGCAAACCUCAUAUUUUCAAGCGCUGGCCGACGAACAGGGCCAUUGGGAGACCAUAGCAAUGCGAACAAGCCAAUGUCGCUUUCGUCCGAAUUUUUCAACAGCCCAGCACCGCUCCCAAGCCGCAAAGAAGAUGCGGAGGAGCUUACCUCGAAGUACUUUGCUUCAGUCCACCUCAUAUAUCCGUUUCUACACCAACCUUCCCAUAUGACAAAGCUUAGGAGAAUUUAUCGUGAUGAAGCAUCUCCUAAUUCAGCCGAUGCAUUUCACGUCUUCAUGGUGCUUGCAAUAGUAGCCUCAGAUCUCUCCAGACGGUUUAGAAUUCCGCUUCCGGCCGAGGGCUAUUAUACAGCAGCUACCCGGUACUUCGAACGUGCUUGUGCCGACGGGUCUUUGGAAGGACUCCAGAGUUUGCUCUUGCUAAUGGUAUAUGGAAUUCAUAAUCCGUCUUGCGAUAUCAAUGUCUGGAGCCUGAACUACCAAUGCUUGGGCUCACUGAUUGACUUGGGUCUUCAGCGUGAUGUUCGAGCAUCAUCGACAUUCCCCAUCUCGCUCUUGGAGCAGGAAAUGCGCACUCGCAUCUUCUGGGUUGUAUACAGCUUUGAUCGUACAUUGGGCACGAUGAUGGGUCGGCCGAUCGGGGUGAGAGAUGAGGCGUGCGAGCUUCGGCUCCCUUCUGAUGUCUCUGAUGACGAUCUUCUUGACUCAAUUUGUGACGAGACCUCGAGAAAUCGUACAACCUCUCACAUGACAUUCUCUAUUCAUCUCUUCAAGCUCGCCCGCAUCAACUCUGAGAUUAAGUAUGUUAUGCACAGCAUCUGCAGAGACCCUCCCCAGUAUGCCUACCCACCGGUACCCGACAUCCUCUUGUGGCAGAAAAAGAUGAUCGAACGCCUUCAGACAUGGCUUGCAGAUAUCCCCAGUGGAGGCGAAAGCGAUGCUAUCAUGAAGAUAUGCGAAACCAAGUAUCACGAAAUGAUGAUCUUGGUGCUUAGACCUAGUCCCGGAAUUCCCGAACCAUCGGAAGAGAUGCUUGCGCGAUGCUUUCAGCAUGCUGUAGACCUCCUCCGCGGGUUUGGAGAGCUUUACAGGCAGGAAGCUCUCUUAUACAGCCGACUAAUCGUUCACUCCGUCUUUUUGAGCACGCUGAUAAUGCUACAUUGCUUGUGGAGACUGCCCCAUAUCGCAUCCGAGGUUCAGAUUGAUGAGGUCGUUGCUGACACGAGUAUCAGUUUGAAUAUACUAAGCAGUAUUGGGGAAUACUGGGUCGAAGCUAAGCGCGCAAGGGAUUCCAUCCACGAGUUAUCCGGUGUAACUGUUCAGAGACUGAUCCGGAUGCGAAGCUUAGAAGCUCCUUCAAGCUCGACCAGGCCAGGCAAAAAUCAAGCAACUUCCAGCACAGCAAGGGCACAGAGGCUGCAGACUGCCAACGAGGGACUGGAGCUGCCUUCUGCACUUCAUGCUGACUGUGGCGUUGAAAACUUGCCGCCGAACUCCUUUAUGGAUGAUUACGAUUCAACCGUUGAUUCUAUGAGUUGGCUGCAUGAUUCCAUGCCCGGGGGCUUUAUGGACUUUGGCGGAGCCCCGGACUUCGACACUCUCAUGUGGGAGGUCUUUAAUGCUAACUGA